GCGAGGCGGAGUCUGUGUUUCGGUCAGGCUGCGGCUGCGGCUGCGGCUGGAGUGGUGUACUUCAGAGGAGCGAGGCCGAGGCCUGGGCCCAGCCCGGAGCCGCUGCCCGACCCGAGCCUCCUGGAGCCCCCUCGCCGGCUGAUCUUAGGGGUGGGCUCGGGCUCGGCCCGCCGCCGCACGCAGGACCGAGACUGCAUGCCGGAGGACCAGGCCCACGCAGCCAUGGAGGAAGCAUCUCCCUAUUCCUUACUUGACAUCUGUUUGAGUUUCCUGACCACUAACCUUGAGAAGUUCUGUUCAGCAAGACAAGACGGAACACUGUGUCUGCAGGAACCCGGAGUAUUUCCACAGGAGGUGGCUGACCGACUGCUUCAGACCAUGGCAUUUCAUGGUCUGCUGAAUGAUGGAACUGUGGGAAUUUUCAGGGGUAAUCAGAUGCGCCUAAAGCGAGCUUGCAUUCGCAAAGCAAAGAUUUCCGCUGUUGCUUUCCGGAAAGCCUUCUGCCACCAUAAGUUAGUAGAACUUGAUGCCACAGGUGUGAAUGCCGACAUCACUAUCACAGAUAUCAUAAGUGGCCUUGGCAGUAACAAGUGGAUCCAGCAAAAUCUUCAGUGCUUAGUACUAAACUCAUUAACUCUGUCCCUCGAGGAUCCGUAUGAGCGCUGUUUCAGCCGACUUUCUGGUCUUCGAGCUCUGAGCAUCACUAAUGUCCUCUUCUACAAUGAAGAUCUGGCUGAAGUUGCUUCCUUGCCUAGACUGGAAAGCCUGGAUAUUUCUAACACCUCAAUCACAGAUAUCACUGCCCUGCUGGCCUGCAAAGACCGACUCAAGUCUCUCACCAUGCACCAUCUGAAAUGUUUAAAAAUGACUACUACCCAGAUCCUUGAUGUUGUUCGGGAACUAAGACAUCUGAAUCAUCUUGACAUCUCAGAUGAUAAACAGUUCACAUCAGACAUAGCCCUGCGAUUGUUAGAACAAAAGGACAUUUUGCCUAAUCUUGUCUCCCUGGAUGUUUCAGGGAGGAAGCAUGUGACAGACAAAGCUGUUGAAGCCUUUAUACAGCAGCGGCCCAGCAUGCAGUUUGUAGGUUUGCUGGCCACAGAUGCUGGUUACUCUGAAUUCCUUACGGGCAAAGGACAUUUGAAGGUGUCUGGAGAAGCCAACGAGACUCAGAUUGCAGAAGCAUUAAGGCGAUACAGCGAAAGGGCGUUUUUUGUCCGGGAAGCUUUGUUUCAUCUUUUUAGUUUGACUCAUGUGAUGGAAAAAACAAAGCCAGAAAUCUUAAAGCUUGUGGUUACUGGGAUGAGAAACCAUCCUAUGAAUUUGCCUGUGCAACUGGCUGCAAGUGCCUGUGUGUUUAACUUAACUAAGCAGGACCUUGCUUUAGGCAUGCCUGUCCGGCUCCUCGCUGACGUAACCCAUUUGCUGCUCAAGGCCAUGGAACAUUUUCCUAAUCACCAGCAGUUACAGAAGAAUUGCCUCCUCUCACUUUGUAGUGAUCGAAUUCUUCAAGAUGUCCCAUUUAACAGGUUUGAAGCAGCCAAGCUUGUCAUGCAGUGGCUUUGCAACCAUGAAGAUCAAAACAUGCAAAGAAUGGCAGUUGCCAUCAUUUCCAUCCUGGCUGCUAAGCUCUCUACAGAACAAACCGCACAGCUUGGUGCUGAGCUCUUCAUUGUCCGGCAACUUCUUCAAAUAGUGAAGCAGAAAACUAAUCAAAAUUCAGUGGAUACUACAUUGAAGUUUACUUUGAGUGCACUCUGGAACCUCACAGAUGAAUCCCCAACAACAUGCAGACACUUCAUUGAAAAUCAAGGGUUAGAGCUCUUCAUGAGAGUUCUAGAGUCUUUCCCAACUGAGUCAUCCAUUCAACAAAAAGUUCUAGGUCUUUUGAACAAUAUAGCUGAAGUACAAGAGCUCCAUUCUGAACUAAUGUGGAAGGACUUCAUAGACCAUAUCAGCAGUCUCCUGCACAGUGUGGAAGUAGAAGUCAGUUACUUUGCAGCUGGGAUUAUCGCCCACUUAAUAUCCAGAGGUGAACAAGCAUGGACCUUGAGCCGUAGCCAGAGGAAUUCUCUUCUUGAUGAUUUGCAUUCAGCUAUUUUGAAAUGGCCAACUCCAGAGUGUGAGAUGGUAGCAUACAGGUCCUUUAAUCCAUUUUUCCCACUGCUUGGCUGUUUUACAACACCGGGAGUCCAGCUGUGGGCAGUUUGGGCCAUGCAACAUGUUUGCAGCAAGAACCCUUCAAGGUAUUGCAGCAUGCUGAUUGAAGAAGGAGGACUGCAGCAUUUGUACAACAUCAAAGAGCAUGAGCAGACAGACCCCUACGUCCAGCAGAUUGCUGUAGCCAUUCUGGACAGUUUAGAAAAGCACAUUGUGCGCCAUGGGAGGCCCCCUCCCUGUAAAAGGCAGCCCCAGGCCCGACUAAAUUGAUAGCCAUAGACAGUUAGAAAUGAACAGUGGAAAUCAUUUUUUUGGUGGUUCAUUGGAAUGGUGUGCUCUCUGGUGUGGGGGUGUCUGUGAUAAGAGUCCUGUGAUCCAUCUGGGCUUGGUAAUGUACAGUCUGCUUUGUUCUGUGAUUUUUAACUUAGGAGGAGAAAGGUCUUCCUUCAUUAUUGUCUUUUAGGAAAUCUUUCAUGUUUGAACUUAACCUGUGCUUGAGAUUCUACAGUCUUAUGAUAAAUUGCACAAACCCUUAGGCCAGACUUCUCUCGAGCCCUUCCAGGUAAUUUGCAGUGUGAGCAGGGCUGCUGACGCAACAUCAGCAGUGUUCGAUUGUAAGAUUUAUUACGCUUCUGUAAAAAUGCCUUCGUUCUCUGUGUGUCUUCCACAAGAUGCAUUUGUUUGUAUGAGUGGAAACUGUUGUGUCUCUGGAAGCUCUGCUGUUUGGAGCCUGGAUGGCAGUCAAAGAAAAACGAAAGAGAAGCUAUGAAAGAAGAACGGAGUUGAAGAGGAAUUAGACAUUGCUUUUUUAGCUCUGAGAAUGGACAGGUUCUCCUUGAGCCCCUCUCCCAAGGCCCGGAGCAGAAGCUGUUCUCCAAGCUGAAGGCUGGGAGUGUGAACUCUUUCUGCAGGCUACUCUAGAACUACUCGCCCAGUUACACAGUGUAGCGUCACAGCAUUGCAUGUCAAAGCCUCUCGGAGACACUGGCUGUCAUGCUGUAAGAGUGCGGUUUUUUAAAUGUCGCUGGUUAAGCUGCCUGUUUUACCCCUUCUUUUCCAAAGUCAGUUUUAUUCAGUGGAGUAGACUAUUUACAGAGUUAACUUGCUUAGUUAAAAUACAAUUGACAACAGAAAAACUGCUAUAAAAAUUUAACCUUGAGUUGGGGUGUGGCUCAGUGGUAGAGUGUGUUCUUAGCAUGUAUGGAUUCAAUACCCAGCACUACAUACAGAAAUGUUAAUUUUCUCUCUUCUGAUAAAAUAUGGUUAUCUGUUAGCAUCAAUGGCUCAUACCUGUACUCACUCAGGAGACUGAGGUGGGGGGAGGGUGCCAUGAGUUUGAGGCCAGUCUGUGUCAGAGAGACAGUUAGUGUAUCUUCAUUAUGUGUCAUGUUAGAAGAUGUCCACACCUCACUCCAAACGUGCAGGAGAAGAAGAGGCUGCUAUGGUUACACGUGCAGCGCAUGGGUAGAAGGAAAGUUUUGAUGGACGUCUUUUAGACAGUGGCCUGUCCUUUAAGAUAGUUGAUAGAAUGAAGAAUCAGUUAUUGUCCUGCAAACCUGGGAUAUAUCAAGUUACCAACAAACUUAAUUUCCAUUUUAAGAUGGGAAUAGUGGAGACCUAUAAUCCAGUAAUCACAAGGGUGAGACAGAAGGAACUAGAAGUUAGAGAUGAACUUAGGCUACAGAGUAGCAAGCCCGCCUGGGCCCUAGAGGGAAACUGUUUCUCACAGGCUGCAUGACAGCGAGACCCGUCCCAAACAAACAGCAGCAGCUCGUUCUGUGAGCGGGCUGAGCCUGAAAGUUCUUCUGACCACAUUUUAUUCCUGCACAUCUUAAAUGCUUUCAAUAGAACUUUAAAAUGAUUUUUUUUUUUUUUUUUGGUUUUUCGAGACAGGGUUUCUCUGUGGCUUUGGAGCCUGUCCUGGAACUAGCUCUGUAAACCAGGCUGGUCUCGAACUCACAGAGAUCCGCCUGCCUCUGCCUCCCGAGUGCUGGGAUUAAAGGCGUGCGCCACCAUCGCCCGGCUAAAAUGAUAUUUUUAAAUAACUCACAAAUAUUUCAGUGUAGAGGGGAGCUAGUUUAAGCUGGGCAUGGGGGCUUGUAAUGUAGAAUAUGAAGGCGAGAGGAUUGUGAGUUCUAAGCCAGCCUGGGCUACAUGAGAGUCCCUGUCUAUUAAAAAAAAAAAAAGGAAAAGAAAAAAAAACCAACAAGCUGAUUGACUCAUCAGUAUGCUUUUGACAUGUCUGACUCAUGUUUCUACUGCUGUCACACUUCAGACUUGAAUGUUUAGGGCUUCCUUUGUAGGAAUGAAUACUGAAUCAAACUAAAAGAAAACAGAUACACAGAAUUGUCAAAAAGCCAUAUAAAACAAUGGUUUAAUUCUUACUUCAUUGGUUCCAGGGAUUUUUAGAGCCAUAACAUACAUUUUUGCCUGAAAUGGUUGCUCAAACCUAUGAUUGCCACGGAGAGAGGAUAGUUUGAGGCUAGCCUGGGCUACCUAGUGUGCUGGUCUCAACAGCUCCACCACAGAAGGAUGCAUUCUUCAUAGUUAAUCAUAGUUUAGAGGAAAAUUCUGUCAAAGGAGUUUUGCUUUUUGUUAACAUUUCACCCCCAAUUUUAAUGUCUAAAAUUAAAAUUUUGACAGCAGGAUAUUCUGCAGUAAAUCACAAGUUGGUGCUAUUGACCAGCCAGGUCUACCUAGUAUGCUUGGGGAGAGCCUAUUUGAGAACUUUGGCUUCAGAUGUCAGGACAAGAGUGCAUGUUCCUAUAGACCAAUACUAAACUGUGUGCUUUACUAAUCUUUAGAAUAAGAAGCCAGCUGUGGUGGCAUACACCUGCAAUCCCAAUAUCACCAGCUGCAUAGCAAAUUCAAAACCCUGUCUCAAGAAGCAGAACAAGAGUAGCCAAAACUACAGAAUUUUUCACAGUAACCUGAUACAUGAAGACUCAAAUACAUUUCAGUUUAUAUUUCACAGGUCAGUCAAGACUUCAUUCCAGACCUAAACAAAAACUGUUCACAUCCCAAAUAUAUCAAGAUGUUAGCACCUCUGUGCUUUUGAUUUUUGGUUGUUGGGGAGUGGUGUGUUUUUGUUUUUGAGAUAGCGUCUCACUAAGUAUAGAUACAGGGCUGUGGUCUACUUUGAUCCCACUCAGCUGACAAUUCUGAGUAAGUGCUAAGAUUCCAGGCACAUGCUGCUGUGUCUGGCUCUGUGAUGGUUCUGGAAGCUGUCAUCAAGACAGGAUUUUCAAUUCUAAUUGAAAAUAGCUGAAUAUAGCUAAAUCCUGAGUAUAGCCAAAAUAUAGUAAAUAUAGUAAAUCUCUAACAGGCCUCUCCUUCAUAAUUGAGGACCAUAAUGAAGUACUUGGUACUUCCAAAGUCAUUGGCUUAGGGGUGUGCUUUCAAGCAGCUUAGACUAAGCUGAAUGACCUUGUUGAACCCAUCAGUGUACUCAGACACAAGCCAUUGAGUAGCAACACUUGAGUCAGCUGAAGGAAAUACAUGCACAAGGUCCCAGGUCCAGUCCCCAGCAUCCCGCCCAGCAAGGAAAUGAAAUAAGACUUCAUAAGAUUGUAAUCGAAUAAAGCAAAGUAUAGCAGAUCAAAGCAUCUGGUGUUUGUGCAUCAAGUCAGGUUUUUUUUUUUUUUUUUUUUUUUAAUUUUUCGAGACAGGGUUUCUCUGUAGCUUUGGAGCCUAUCCUGGCACUAGCUCUUGUAGACCAGGCUGGCCUCGAACUCACAGAGAUCCACCUGCCUCUGCCUCCCGAGUGCUGGGAUUAAAGGCGUGCGCCACCACCGCCCGGCUGCAUCAAGUCAGUUUUGCUGUGGUCUUUAUACUCUGACUUUUUUCUCAUGGGUUGAGAGUGUAACUCAGCUCAGUACUAGAGUGAGUGGCUCUGAGUUAAAUUCCUACUAUCAGAAAACUAAAAAUCUUAAUAAAACCAUAAAUCAAGAAGUAAUGGGGUGGACACAGUGACUACUGAUUGUAGCUGAUUUAAAAGGUUUAAGAGAGUCCUAUCAGACCCACAGGUUCAGAAGUCGACCAUUACUGUUGCUGUUUGUUAGCCUGGCAGGCGAGUUCACCCACUCAGGAUGAAUGAAAACCGCCCUGGGAGUUCGCUUCUCUAUUUUUUGUUUCUAAAGAAUCAAAGGUCCAUGUUUAAAACCACUAACCAGCCAUGAUUGGUGGCUCACGGCUUUAAUCCAGUACUUGGGAGGCAGAGGCAAGAGGAUUUCUGUGAGUUUAGGGUUCGUCUCAUCUACAUAGUUGCAGGAGAGCCAGGGCUAUGCAGGGAGACCUUGUGUCAAAACAAAAACUGCAUCAAUCACAUAAAUCCAGGUAAUGAUAUUUCUCUUAGGAAUGAGUCCUUUUAUGCUGGCCUGUUGUCUUCCUAUUCAAUUUUUAUAUUUUUUACUUGUUUUUUUUUUCUUUGUUCUGUUUCAUGUAACCAGAACUAGUUUAGAACUCUCAACCAUCCUGCCUGUGAGCCCCAAACACACCACCGUACCACCUUCCUGACUGUUAGUCACUUCAGCAUGACUGUUGAGACAGCACUGGUCUGUCUUUGAUGCUCUUCAACCAUACUUCCCCCCUUUUGGUAUAUGUUACUGAACACAUUAAAUAUACAAAAUUGGGGUGACUUAGUGAACAGUAAGUUUGGCUUAGUUUUUGGUUUUGCUUCAUUUUUUAUUUGAAACAGGAUCUUACAUACCCCGAGCUGGUCUCAAACUCACUAUGUAUCUAAGGAUGUCUUUGAAUGCUGCCUCCCCAUGCUAAAUGUUGGGAUUACAGGCAUGAACCUCCACCCCCAGCUAUUUUUGCCUUUUUUAAAAAAAUGAUUUUAUGUGCAUUGGUGUUUUCCCCGCAUGUAUGUCUAUGUGACGGUGUCAGAUCCUCUGAAACUGGAGUUACAGACAGUUGUGAACUGCCUUCUGGGAAUUUAACCUGGCUUCUCUGGAAGAGCAGUCUGUGCUCUUAACCGCUGAGCCAUCUCUCUAGCCCUUAUUUUUGCCUUUUUGAGAUAAGAGUCUGGAUAUAUAUAUUUCCAGGCUGGCCCUAGCCCUCUGAGUGCUGGGAUUAUAGGAGUGUACCAAGCCAGGUGUGACGUUUUAAAAUAAAUCCUCUGCCCAGAACAGUGUGUAACAGUACUCAGAGCAAAGGGGAGAAGAGGUAACAGAACGAACCAUUUUGUACAUGAUAACCUGCAACCUGUCUCCUCUCUGAUGGCAUACUUUUAUUAGUUGGUUAGUUGUGAUUUAAACAGUGUAAAUAAGUUGAAGACAGGUUAAGGCAGUGCCUUACUGUCGGCUAAUAAGGGCUCUUCUGGCUUUAUCUGCAUAUUUAUGCAAAGAGUUUGUAUGUUUGGGCUUCAGAACUGCUGAGACUGCUUCUGGAGAGAUGUCCAUAUUAGUGAUGUGUAAACCCACUAGUGAUAGGAAUAGAGUGUGACAGAGAAUUUUGCAGUUGGGUUUUAGGUGUGUGUCAUGGCUUAUAUUACUUAGAAUUUCAUGGACCGACUUUGCAUGAUGUGGCAAUACUUUGUGGUACAUGCAUUUGUUUCCAAAUCUUAACCCAAGAGACUGUGAUGACAAUAGCCUUUAAAAAACAUUUUCUGUCUUUCCACUGCCCUACUUUUUUUUUUAAAAAAAAAUACAGUAUGCAAAACUCAAUUCAUAGCCAGUAGUGGUGGCUCAUGCCUUUAAAUCCUAGCACUCAGGAGGCAGAGAUAAGCCAAUCUCUGAGCUAGAGGCCAGCCUGGUCUACAGGCUCCAAAGUUUUGAGAAACCCUGUCUUGAGACACCCCACACACACACACAAAAGAAAAUGUACUACUGUGCUGAGGGGAUGGCUUUCUAGGACAGCACAGCCUAGCUGACAGUCAGACCAGUGGUAAGAACAUGCCAGGCAGUGUGCUAACAUAUGCUGUAACCUAACAUGCAAGUGCUGGGGCAGGAAGAUUGUGAGGUCUAUACUGUCUUCCCCUAUAUUCUCAGAUGCCAGGGAAGCUGAGGUAAGAUCAUUUGAGUACUUAAAUUUGAGGACUUAAGUGAGAUGUGAGUUUAAGAUGAGCCUGGGUAACAUAAAAAUAUCCCACCCCCAAAAAUAUAAUUGUUCCAGGACAGGCUCGAAAAGCUUCAGAGAAACUCUGUCUCAAAACACACACACACACUUACAUACAUACAUAUAAUUGUUAGUUGGGUGUGGUAGUGCAUGACUUUAAUCCCAGGGCUUGGAGACAGAUCCCUGAGUUUGAGGUUAGCCUGGUCUGCAGAGUGAGUUCCAGGACAGCCAGGCUACACAGAGAAACUCUGUCUUGAAAAACCAGUUAUACAUAUUUUUUUCAAGAUUUAUCAAAAUUAUUUUGUGGCAGAUCAUAAAUCUAUUUCAUUAAUGGUAAAGACUUGAUUUUGAGCUUACUCUACGGAAAACUUUGAGUUCUUUUAAGGAUUUUGUUUGUUGUUUUUUUUUGCGGGGGAGGGUUGUUUGCUUUUUUGAUAGGGUUUCUCUCCUGGAACUCACUUUGGAGACCAGGCUGGCUUUGAACUCACAGAGAUCUGCCUGCCUCUUCCUUUGUAUUUUUUAUUUUUAGUCAAGAGUCUUAAUAUGUUGCCCUGGCUGUCCUAGAACUCGCUCCGUAGAGCAGCAGGCUGGCCUGGAUCUGUCACAGAGAUCCACCUGCCUCUGCCUUCCAAAUGCUGAGAUUAAAGGUGUGCACCAUUACACCGGAUUCUUAAUCUUAUUUUAAUCAACUUUGAAGCAAGAAGUUUUUGAAAUAAUGAAAGUUGAGACACUUUUCAUAAAAGGAAAUCUUUGGGAACAUUUUUUUCCUCUUAAAGAAUGUCAAAAUUUCUCAGAUAGUCUGCAGAAACAUCUUUUUUCAGUCACCAACUUGUGUGGGCCAGUGAGAUGUCUUAAUGGGUAAAGGCGCUUGCUGCCAAGGCUGAGCUCCCUUCCCUGUGGUCGAAGGAGCCAGCUGACUCCCACAAGUUGUCCUCUGAGCCCACGUAUGCAUUAUGUACACACUCAUGCCCCACGUUAAAUAGAGAAGUAUAACAAAAUGAAUCACCAACUUUUCAUGUCCACACUGAGGAGACAAAGCAGAAGGGUCUUGAAUUGGAGGCCAGCUUGAGCUGCUAAGUGAGGUCCAGGCCAUCUUGGGCUACAUAGAAAAACCUUGUUUGCAAAGUUCAAAAUAAGUGAUUAAUGACAAAAUAAAAUCUUUGAUUCUGCAGGAUUCCUCUGUCAAAUUUUAAACUUGUGCAUAUGAAAAACUGUCUUUUCUUUGAACUCCUGUGCGUUUACCUCUUCAAGGCAAGGAAACCCAUCAGGAAACUGAAUGUGUAUAUCUCAGACAACAAUCCUGAAUUGUUUGGGCUAAAGAUAUUCUGGUUAUGGGCUGGUGAGCAAGAGUAUUCUGCACAUGAAUCAUGCUGUAUAUUCAAGUGGAACAGUACUUAAGUAUUAAUGUUGUAUGUACAAAUUGGGAUUUUUUUUUGCUUAAAUAAAUGUUACAAAUUUUACGUAAA